AUGAAUGGGGGAGCGGGCGGCACGAGGCCUCAUUACUAUGCCAAGCGGCGCGCGCUGCGCCCCAGCGCGACGCACCCAUUGGCCAGCCGGGCCACUGACGUCACCAAAGCGGUGGUCGGGGGCGGGGCGGGGCGGGGUGACUCACGCCGCUUCUCCCGCGGCCGCGGGGGCUUCUCGGGGUCCUCACACACCCUGCGCAGCCCGGACCCGAGCGCAGCCUCCCCGCGGCCCGGCCGCGCCCCGUCCCGAGAGGUGAGUAGCGGGCCCCGCCUUGGGUACCAGGCAUCCGAGAGGGCACGCAGGAUACUGGGGCGCUGGGCAAGCGGUCAGGCUCCCAGCGGUUGA